CGAACGGCUGUCGUCUCGGAUUUCCCUCCAAUACGUCGUCGGCCAUCGACAGUUGGUCGCACUGUCGCGUUAGCCGGCGGGGCGCCCAGAACCUGACCCUCCACCCGUCCUCGCAUCUUUGUGGUCGUCGCGCGCAUUCGCAGCGCCGCACCGACAACAUCACUGCGGCCUCGUCCUUCACUGGGCCCGUCCGUAAAAUUCUGGGUCGUCGUUCCGACUGGAAGUUUUUUUUUCAAACAUUUUUUUUUUUUUUUUUAAAACUUUUUUUGUAAUUAUUUCGGUUUUCAUUACACGUUUACCGUUUGUACACCGCGCUUCGCGUUCCCCGGACGCGCGCGAACAUUUCGCCGCGGUCAUAAAUCGUCCCGGGGCCGAACACGGACAAGGCGCACGUCGUCACCGUCGCCAUCGUACAACCAUAUCAGACCUACCUAUAGUAAUAUAACUUGAACCUUCUCAGUAUUCAUUACUAGAACAACGAAAAAAAAUAAUUAAGAAAAAUGAAUUUUGAUAUAGCUUACUUAUAAACGCUGUUUGCCGCGUGAAGCGACAACAACAUAAUUGUAAAACCCAAAGAAAACCAAAAAAUGCUGUACUAAGCAAUCAUCCCUUCUUCAUGAAGAUGGGAUAUUUAUUUACAAACUCAUCAGCUCAAUAAAUCACCAUUUUGGCUGUUUUGUACUUUUUUUUUAUUCAUUUAAAUUUAAUAUUUCAUUUUUUUAUGCGUAUUUUACAUUUUAUGCAUACUGUCAAAAUAUUUUAAAUUCCAAUCAACUUAAUUUGGAUAUAAUAAGUCACCAAUCAAAAGUAUGUCACACAGCCAUUACUUAACCAAAGAAAACUUUCCGAGUAUUUGUAAAAAGUUGUCAGAACUUCAGUGGACAAUGGAUUCAUCAUAUACAGAAAAACCUGAAACUUCAUCCCCGGCUUAUUCUUUUUUGCCAACUGCUCGAAAUGUUCCCAAAAGUGAUUAUCAUCCCAAAGAGUCUUACCAGCAUUUAUUAAUUGAUACAAAUGAGGAAAAUUUAUUUGAGAAAUAUCUUAAACAAGAAUGUGAAACCUAUAAAUUGUUUGGUGGACCACCAAUUAAUCCGUUAUUUACUGAUGAAGGACGUGGUUCCAGUAUAGAAGAUUCUCCAAAAUCUUUUUCAUAUUUUUCAAAAAAUAAUUGUUCAUAUUUGGAUAAUAGUAUUUGGGCUCAAGAUUCUGGUAAUGAUAGUUGGCCUGAUGCAUUCUUGCCAUUGGAUAUUAAGGAUGAAAAUUCUUGGAAUAUAUUAAACACUGAAAUAAGAAAAGAACCAAUGUCAUGGGCAGUAAUUCAGCGUCCAGCCAAAGAAGAUAAAUUUAAGCCUAUUAACCAAUUGGUUGAUGCUGGCGCAGCAAUUUUUCCUGAUGGUUCACAAUUUGAAAUAGAUUUAUCAUAUGAAGCAUUUAAUGCUAUUGAAAUAGAAGGAAAAUUGUAUAUCGGCAAAGAUGAGUUUCGACGUACGGAUGAUGGAUUGUUGUAUAAAGUCUGUAAUCAAGAUAAAGGCACUCAAACAGAUGAUUGGGAUGAUGAUGAUGACAGUGUUUUAGUAACACGUACAGCUAGACGACACUAUCAUUUUCCAAUAUUCCAGAAUUGGCACACUUCUCAGACUGGCGAUAACCAAGAUUUAUUAAGUGACUUUUUUAAUCCACAACGUUCACGUGAGGUCAGAGAUAGUUUAGAUGAAAGAAAUCAGAUGGUAGACAUGCUUUGUUCGUUUGUGGGUAUGCAACAUUUAUGGGAUAAGCCAACUAUGUGUAAUGAUAUUAAUGCUUUUCAAGAACAAAACACAUACAUACCAACAUCAUGCAAUGGAUUGACUGCUACCUACUCAAUAUUGCAGUCAGAUAGUGGCUCGGAAAGUUCAGACGAUAUAGAUCGUAGUAAACUGUUCCGAAAUUCACGUACAUAAAAGAAGCAUCGUUGAUUGAAAAUUUGCAGUAUAAAAAACAACACUAUAAUAUAAUGUUCUGCUCGUGCACCGUUUUGUUUGUUGUCAAGACAUAUUAGACUCGUAGGUUAAGUUAAA